AGGCUAAUCUGGUGCUCCGGCAUUAGAGAUUAAUUGCUGGCAGUAGUGCCUGGGUGUUUCCGUUCAGCAUUUCAGUCAGUGGCAUGUUAACCCCAGCUGCCCCUCACUCUGCACAACACCUUAUCUGGGGAUCUGCAUAUUGGAUUAACUAAGGGCUUGUCCACAUGUAAAAUGCUACAGCGGCUGCAGCACGUCGAUGUAGAUGCUGCCUACGCUGACGGGAAGGGCUCUCUGCUGGUAAUCCACCUCCCUGAGUGGCGGUAGCUAGGUGGAUGGAAGAAUUCUCCUGUCGCCGGCCCUAGCACUAUCUACAUGGGGAUUUAGUCUGCUUAACUACCUGCUCAGGGGGGUAGAUUUCUCACUGACCUAAUUGUCUAGGAUAGCCCAGCCCUAAUUAAGCUUCCCACAUGCCCUGUGACUGUGGUGGGCAUGAGACCGAUCGUGGCCCAGACCGGUGAAAUCUCUGUUCAAGGCCACACAACGUUCCAGGAAACCCAGAGGAGCUUUUCCAUUGACUUCAGUGGGCCUUGGAUCAGGCUCCUGAUAAGUGGCUGAGUCAGGAAUAGAUCCCACAGGAGUCCUGCCCCCUCCGCUCGCCAGGAGACGACACGGCCACCCCACUAGCGAACAUGUGCACUGGGGGAGGCGGUUGCUAGGAAGGGGCCUGCCCCUGCUCUGCUUUGGAAUGAGCUUCCCAGUGUUGGUUGCACAAACAGCAGAUGGCUUGGAUGCUGACCUCUGGAAAGAUGGCUUAUUUAAAUCCAAGGUCACAAGAUACCUGUGCUUCACAAGAUCGUUUUCGAAAGAAAAUAGCCAUUUAGGCAAUGUCCUGGUCGAUGUGAAACUAAUUGAUAUCAAGGACACGCUUCCUGUGGGCUUCAUCCCCAUCCAGGAGACAGUCGAUACACAAGAAAUAGCUUUCAGAAAGAAGAGGCUCUGCAUCAAAUUCAUCCCUCGAGAUUCUACGGAGGCUGCUAUUUGUGAUAUCCGAAUCCUGGGCAGAUCUAAGCAGGCUCCUCCACAGUACACGUUCAUAGGGGAACUUAACAAUAUGGGUAUUUGGUACCGAAUGGGCAGAGUUCCACGAAACCAUGACUCCUCGCAACCCGUGACACCUUCUUCCCAAGUACCAGCUUCAACACCAGUUCCUAACCUUCCUAGGCACAUAUCUCUGACGCUUCCCGCGAGCUUUCGAGGCAAAAGUAACAACUCCCGACUCGAUUUUGAACACCAGCACUCAAAUUUAUAUGCCAUAUCAGCCAUGGAUGGAGUGCCUUUUAUGAUCUCAGAUAAGUUUGCCUGCGCUCCUGAAGGGAUGCAGCAAGUUGAUCUCUUGGGCAUCACAAUCAAAUCCCUGGCAGAAAUUGAAAAGGAGUAUGACUACAGCUUCAGGACAGAGCAAAGUGCUGCUGCCCGGCUGCCCCCCAGCCCCACUAGAUGUCAGCAGAUGCCACAGUCCUGAGGAGCGAGGGAAGGCCGGCUCCCUGGAGACACGGCGCAUGCGCACAGAUACUACUGAUGGGAGGCGAGCCCUGAUGAGCAGUGUUACUGGAACCCUUCUCGGCAGACAGGGCAUUUUUCUAAUGACUUGCCUUCUUUCCUGCGCUUUCCCUGAUCAUUUUGUACAUGUUGUUUCUGAGAUUUGGACUGUUAACCCUUUCUGCCAGGCACCCUUAGCCCUGCUGGGACAAUUCCUGGUCAAAAGUCCCUUAGUUAGAGCCUGGCAGGUGGGUUCCUCAGUUCUCCCUGCUUUAUAGCACCUGCUGCAGCAUGUUCACUUCCAUACGGAUUUGAAGUGAAAUGUUGUACGCCAUGAACCCCAGCUCAUGGGAAUCUGGAGAGAUUCCUAGCAAUGAGCCCUGCUAGGGAUAGAGCGUUUGGGGAAAUGAGGCUAAAGAUACAGCCAGUUAGUCAACAAAUCACAAAAUGCACCAGCUUAAAUUGGGAACUGAGGUGCAGCGGGAUAAACUGCCCCAGCUGUCCCCCUCAAUACAGCAGUAUUCUCUGGUAUGUGCAGGGUCACAAAAUCAUCAGUUCAGCAGUCCGGGCGCCUUUCAAGUCCUUUGAUUAGCAAGCUAACCCUGAGUUAUGGUAAACCCUUCAUCUGCUUCUCCAAGUCAAGACUGCCCGCAGCUCACUUGUGGCCAGGAUACACCUGAGACCUUGAUGGUUUUUGUUACUUUCAGCUCAUGUAGCCAGGGUCGCUUGCUCAGUUCCACUUAGGGCUCUCUGCCAAGUCGCUGGUAAAGUGCAGUAGCUCAAAGAGCACAGGGAUCUCAGUGGACCUCUGCCUGGCACAAAGAGGCUGCAUGUCCAUUGCCUGGAAGUAGAGGAUUGUGGCAAAUGUUGCAUAGCUCUCUCUGGCCUAUGGAGAGCCAGCCAGCCAGACCUCUGCAAUGCCAUCCUGACUUCUCCCAGCCACCUGAAAGCUUUGCCAUGACGUUGUCAUAAAGUGGCAUUGGAACCUGCCAGUUACUUUGGCAGUUUUCAAACAUUUGCCCCAGCUGGCUGCUAAAAGGAAAGAGAUUUGUGCACCCUGUCCCUGCACACUGCUGCACUCAGAGAGGGAAAUGCUAAAACCUGACCAUGUCGGACAAGGCUGAGAGUUCCACUGGGCAAGUGUAUGAUGCAUUAAACCCUGACCUCAGCAUGCUUACAAGUGGUGACCCUGACUCAUUCCUGAGUCAAAUGCAUGUCUUGGUGAAGUCUGUUGCUUUAAUAAGUUCUUUAGAAGCAUUCAUCUUAGCUCUGUGCUGCUUUUCAAGUCUGCUGUGGAACAAAACUUUAUUACAGCAGUGAAAUGGCAUUUUUUAAAACUAAGUGUUAAAGUGUGCAACUUUUUGUAUUGUAGAAGACAGGUUGUCUAACCCUAUUAAAAUGCAAUUGCCAUAGUAACAAAUACUGGUAUUGUAGCUCUGGGUUUGGGUUAUUCGGACCCGCUUUGCACUGCUUUUGACUUUCCUGAGUUCUCUAGUCUAACAGAGUGUUGACUAAUAGUAGGUUUUGUACUGUUGGUUUGUGUAUUUUGUAUUUGUACAUAUGUAAAAUAUUUCUUGUCCAAUGAUCCAUUUCUGGUUUCAAAGCACUGUACCAUGUUGCGGGGGGGGGGAAUAAGUGCAAAACACCAUAGCAUUCUGGGUAGAACCUGAUUCCAGGUCUCUGUUUUGACUCUGCAGACCAGUCUCUCUUUUACUAACUGCCUCUUAGAGACCAGCUCUGUUGCUGGAAGAAUGGGAGUAUAUGGUUAUAAAAGGGUCAGGUCUGAGCACAAGAAUUAAGGCCUGGAAUAUUUGGCAUCAGCUGGUAUAGGCCUGGGUGACUCCCAGAAGGUGCUCCUUUCUUUUAGGGUUCCAAAGUGGAUUUUAGUUAUUUUCUGCUGCAGGAAAGCAAAGCCAGCCUUUACUGCCAAGCUUUACAGAGGCUAGAUUGAUGGUGCUGACAUCAACCAAUGAACAUAUCAUGGAAGCUAGCAUAGUCAGCCUGGUCAUUCUGCUCAGGUUCACUUGAAGUUCAAAUUCACUCCACGCUGCAGUCGUUUGUCCAUCCCAUCCAUCUCUUGUGUUUUCUGCCUUUCAGCUGUCUGUAAUUUGUCCUGUAGUUCAUUGUAGAUCAAUUUGUAGCUCCCUCCGUGGCUGAGGGCAGCUUUGUGGACAUAGUAACAGGUAGAUCAAGGUUUUCUGCAACAAUGAUCCUAGCGUAAGGAUUCAUAGAUUCAUAGAUACUAAGGUCAGAAGGGACCAUUCUGAUCAUCUAGUCCGACCUCCUGCACAGCGCAGGCCACAGAAUCUCACCCACCCACUCCUACGAAAAACCUCACCCAGGUCUGAGCUAUUGAAGUCCUCAAAUCAUGGUUUAAAGACUUCAAGGAGCAGAGAAGCCUCCCUCAAGUCACCCAUGCCCCAUGCUACAGAGGAAGGUGAAAAACCUCCAGGGCCUCUCCAAUCUGCCCUGGAGGAAAAUUCCUUCCCGAUCCCAAAUAUGGCGAUCAGCUAAACCCUGAGCAUAUGGGCAAGAUUCACCAGCCAGAUACUACAGAAAAUUCUUUCCUGGGUAACUCAGAUCCCAUCCAUCUAAUAUCCCAUCUCAGGGGAUUUGGCCUAUUUACCCCGAAUAUUUAAAGAUCAAUUACUUACCAAAAUCCCAUUAUCCCAUCAUACCAUCUCCUCCAUAAACUUAUCGAGUAGAAUCUUAAAACCAGAUAGAUCUUUUGCCCCCACUGCUUCCCUUGGAAGGCUAUUCCAAAACUUCACUCCUCUGAUGGUUAGAAACCUUCGUCUGAUUUCAAGUCUAAACUUCCUGGUGGCCAGUUUAUAUCCAUUUGUUCUUGUGUCCACAUUGGUGCUGAGCUUAAAUAAUUCCUCUCCCUCUCCUGUAUUUAUCCCUCUGAUAUAUUUAUAGAGAGCAAUCCUAUCUCCUCUCAACCUUCUUUUAGUUAGGCUAAACAAGCCAAGCUCCUUAAGUCUCCUUUCAUAAGACAAGUUUUCCGUUCCUCGGAUCAUCCUAGUAGCCCUUUUCUGUACCUGCUCCAGUUUGAAUUCAUCCUUUUUAAACAUGGGAGACCAGAACUGCACACAGUAGUCUAGGUGAGGUCUCACCAGUGCCUUGUAUAAUGGUACUAAAACCUCCUUAUCCCUACUGGAAAUGCCUCUCCUGAUGCAUCCCAAAACCGCAUUCGCUUUUUUCACAGCCAUAUCACAUUGGCAGCUCAUAGUCAUCCUAUGAUCAACCAAUACUCCAAGGUCCUUCUCCUCUUCCGUUACUUCUAUGAUAGUUAGUGUCACAGAGCUGCCCCUCCCCACACACUGAAGCUGAAGAAUUGGGAGCUUCUGAUUUAACACCAGGGUAGCUAGUGCGUGGUCCAGAGUUCUGCCAUGUAGAUCUGCCAGAUGAAGGUGGAGUGUCUCCUAUGGGAGCUGUCAUCUCAAUGGACAGCUUCUCCUCAUUCCAGGAGAGGCCAGACUCAGCUGCUCCAUUGUAGACACAUUUCAGUGGGCAGCACAGGUUGCUGAGAGCAGGCCAGUGGCCCCAUUGGUUGGAUAGAGCUUGGGUUCUCCUGCUCUAAAUCAGAGCUAAGCCAAUAUCUGUGGUUCUCAAACACCGAUUGAUCCUGGGGGCCACCGAUCAUUUUCUUGGCACCCUUAGGAAUGUCUGUCAGAGGCUGCUGCGUUCGGCUCAGCAGACUGAUCUGUGGAAACCAUCCAGCUCUGGUACAGCUGAAAUGUUGGGACAGCUUUUAAAUCUGAUCUGGAGCUUUGCCUUCUUAUUUGUGGGAGUAGCUUAAAGUGCAUCAGUAGCUCUUCGGUCUCAGAAAUUAGAGUCGAUGCUAUAAGCUGCUUCGCAACAGUGACAGUGCAUUUUUCCUCAGCACCUUCUGAGAGACAAUACACACAGCUUUACCCUCACAACACAUGCCAAACACUGGAUCACUCCAGGUGUUGACAGGCUGUCUAACUGGGACAAGGAUUUGUUCAAUGUAGGCUUCCUCCUCCCCGCCCUCUCCCAGUCCUUGCAGAGCUGCUUCAGGGAUGCUGAAAAUGAACACUUGACCUUCACAUUUGUGCUUUUGCAGUUUGCCUGUGACACGUCAGAGAUUUUCUGUGCAUAGGCUUGGCCAGCACAGCUGCAGACCUGCACAAGUGUGUAGGGCGAGUGGGGUUUGUUGGGUCAGGAUCCAUGGACGGUUGGUCAGAACUUCUUGUGCAUUCUCAGACCUGCUCGAAUGCCUGUGAGUAUUUCCUUAGACAAGAGGGCUGAGAGUGCAAUGCAGGGAGCAGUCUAAGCAGAUUGACAAUAGUGCAAGUGAUUUCCUUUGGAACUCGUGAGCUAUGGGGCGCUUCCCCCCCCCCCCGGUCUCUGCAGGCAUCACAUCAGUAUUUCAAUAUGCAGGUGUAAUUACUGAACAGUAAUUUUCUUAUUCAAAAUAACUCCAUGCAGGGCUGGCCCUGGUUCCAAGUGGUUACUGCUCUCCACUGGCAAGUGGAUUUCCCAUUACGUGUUUUACUCCCCAUGCAAGGUGUGAGUUCUCCAGUAUUGGCCUGCACAGUCCCAGAGGAGGGAGUGUGUCUGCUGCUCUGCACUGAGCCCUGAGAUUGAGGUAGGAAUGGCUGCAGAGGGGUCAUGACCAGGCCUCCUUGACAGAAGGUAUGGGGGUGAGUGGAUGUAAAACAGAAGGGCUGGUUCCUCCUACCUGCAAUGAGUGUGUCUUGGUCAGCCCACGUCUAUCCCCAGAGAAAGCUGAGGAGUGUGCAGCAUCCACUUGGAAGAAGAAGAAAUUACUUUGUCAAAUAAUCAUGAAAUCUCCUGACACUGCUCAUGAGACGGUGUUGGGAAAGUCGGGGGUUUGCUUACAGUCAGAUGAAUUAUUAACAGUGAUGCACUGCCCUGGGAUUUCCCAGGGUGAUGUUCCCUUAGCAAAGGCCAGAACUGCAGUAAUGUAUGCCGAUAGCUCCUGGGCCAGCCAGGUAACUAGAUUGUGAAAUCCCAUGUAGUAGUAAUAGAGAGGGAAGGAUUUAUUCCCAGAGUGAUGUAGCCUGUGAAUAUUGUGAUAAAUGCUAGUGUGGCUAAUUGGCCGAUACCUUCCCUCAUCACAUAGCCAUAUUCAUGUGGGAUGAGACUGUUCCUAACCCUCCUUCCAUUGCUGCGUCCCUUGCCUGGAAUUCACUCUGAGCAGGUGCUUUGUAGGGACAGUCCGUUGUGAUCCCGCUGUGCUAGUUAGAGAUCAGUAUUCUGUGGUGCUGAGUUUAUUUGGGUUUUUCACCAGUCUUCUAAUUUCUCAAAACCAAAACUGUCAAAGACAGAAGAGGCCGAGCUGGUCUCAGUGGACUCGGGCACAGCACUUCACAGUUUUUAGGCUUGUUAGCGGAGCCUCUGAGAUCCCAUGACCCACCGCCACCUCUGUAUCUCCAAAGGGGUGUGUAGAGUGAGAGAGAUAGGGUUGGGUGUGGCUGGCAAAAGCCAUUUCUCAGCCUUUUUCCCCCAAGCAACCUUUGUCUCCCUCUGCCUUUCCUCCCCUCUGCCCCACGCUCCCCUCACCUUUCCUUCUUCCCAGGCCUCACCUGGCCUGCACCUUCAGGCUCCACUUUUUGUGAAUUAAAUUUCCAUACAAAUUGCUAAAGGAACUGAAUAUUCUGCUGAUCCCAAGUGGCAGCGCCCUAUGGGAAGGGAGCUGUGGCCUGUUUUGUCCAUCCCAGAUAUCUGCUUGCCUCAGUGCUGGGGCGUGCUUCUCAUCAGCAUUCAGCAGCAAGAUCCUGACUGCCAGGCUCAGCAUGGGCCAGGGGCAGCCAUCUUGCUGGGAAGCAACAUAAUGGAUGGGAGCCAGGGAUAGAGACAGAUUAGAGCUGAGCUCCAAGCUUUUCUACUAUGGGGUUAAACCAUCUGAAGAACGACAGUGAGGUUUGGUAUUUAAAAUGAUUUUUUGUAUAACUUCAAAGCCAUUGUUGAAUCUAGUAGAACUGGAUUUGUGGCCCCUUUCCCUGAGCUCCCAAGAGGUGAGAGCAAACAGCUCCAUAAGCUGGCUGCCUCCUGCACUCGGCUUUACCCUUUUUUUUAAAAAAAAGUGCAAUGGCCUUGCAGUGAGAGGAGCUUUGCUGGUGGAGUCUCACCCCAUGGAGCUGAGCAGAAUAACUCCAGCUUUCCACAGGAUGAGACAGGCCUUGUCCCUGACACUGACUCCUACAGGAUUUAUGGUCCCCAUUAUGAGUUUCACAUUAUGCAUUUAGGGCAGAAUCGACCCUGUGCUGAGAGCCAGCAGUAGGCCUACAUGUCCUCCAAAUAGCUUAAGUGGGACAUAAGUGGUGCCUAAGUCUUCUCUGGAUCCUCUGCAUAGGGCUGAAUUCCGCCCAUCACAAAGGGUUUGUUCAUAUUAUUGCAUUAACUAUUACCUCAGCCUUUGAGCCUUGAAGAACCACUUUAAGGUAAAGCUCUCUCUGCGGCAAUGAAGAGAGAGGAUAACAGGACACACUUCAGCACUGGUAAUUUUGAGCCAUAAAAGUCAGACAUGGUUGUCAAUAGGGGAAGUGCAGUGCUGCUCAAUUUUGUCUGUUCAUUUGGUACAGGGAAACCAAACUGGUUGAAACUUUCUGGGUUGUUUGUUGUGAAACGAAUUCCUAACAGCAACAAUUUUAAUUGUCGUGUCAUAGAAAUGGAAAAGAAAAACCUUUUAUGCAGUUGUGAAAUGUUUUUAAGAUGCUGCAUUUUUGUUGGGCUAUUAGAAGUGAAUUUACUGUGCAUUAAUCUGAUGAAUGUUAUGACUUUUUAUAUUUAUUUUAGAUCACCCUCUUGUAUUUUACAAAGGGAAAUUUCAUUGUGUGAUAACGUAGUCUGUAUUCUUAAUAUAAUUGCUAAAUAAAAGUUUGUUUUAACUGG